AUGUCUACCUCUCUUGACCAGCUCAAGUCCUCCGGCACCGUUGUCGUCUCUGACUCUGGAGACUUCGAGUCCAUUGCCGCCUACAAGCCCCAGGACGCUACCACCAACCCCUCCCUCAUCCUCGCUGCUGCCAAGCUCCCCGCUUACCAGAAGCUCAUCGAUGUUGCCGUCCAGUUCGGCAAGGAGAAGGGAGGUGACGCCGCCGCCCAGGGCGAGAACGCCAUGGACCGUCUCCUCGUCGCUUUCGGUACCGAGAUCCUCAAGAUCGUUCCCGGUCGUGUCUCCACGGAGGUUGAUGCUGCGUUCUCGCACGACAAGCAGAAGACCAUCAACAAGGCUCACCAGCUCAUCGACCUCUACAAGGAGCAGGGUAUAGGCCGUGACCGCGUCUUGAUCAAGAUUGCGUCCACUUGGGAGGGUAUCCAGGCUGCUAAGGAGCUCGAGGAGGAGGGUAUCCACUGCAACUUGACCCUUCUGUUCGGUUUCGCCCAGGCUGUCGCUUGCGCUGAGGCCAAGGUCACCCUCAUUUCGCCUUUCGUUGGCCGUAUCCUUGACUGGUACAAGAAGAGCACCGGAGAGGAGUACACCGCCGACACUGACCCAGGAGUCAAGUCGGUGCAGAAGAUCUUCAACUACUACAAGCAGCACGGCUACGACACCAUCGUCAUGGGCGCUUCUUUCCGUAACAUUGGCGAGAUCAAGGCUCUUGCCGGCUGCGACUACCUCACCAUUGCCCCCAAGCUCCUCGAGGAGCUCAAGAACUCGACCGAGCCCGUCCCCAAGAAGCUCGAGUCCGAGUCGGCGUCCCAGGACAAGCAGGAGAAGGUGUCGUUCAUCAACGACCAGGAGGCGUUCAAGAAGGCCAUGUCCGAGGACAAGAUGGCGACUGAUAAGCUCCGGGAGGGUAUCGAGGGCUUCACCAAGGACGGCCAGACCCUCAAGGACUUGCUCAACGAGAAGCUUGCCGCUUAA